AAAGCAGUGCUAACGGAACGCAAAGAUUACCGGAGCCUGUUUCCGAACAUGCAGCAGUGCCGCCACCUCCACCCACGGCGGCGGGCAGACCCAGACCCCCAACAUCGCAACUUUUUUCACGCGGCAAUCUGGUUAGCAGUCGGGCUACAGGAGGUGAUAAAUCAGGUCUUGCAAGACCGUCAACAGCAGUUCGGGCUGUGGGCUACGCAGCUAACUGUGGGUCUGCUCAUCAAAGGUUCGAACAAUUUUUCCUGGAGAAGGCGAAGCAACAAACUCGUCAGCAACCGCUGGGGAUGCCUUAAAGGAAGUCCCGUAUUGAAAAUGACCGGCAGUAUCAUUAAACCGUUUCUGUGCGAGGUGAUCGACAAGACAAUCCUCCGAAAUGAAUGGGAGAAGUGGUUGAGGGCGUUUACAAUAUACCUCGAGGCCGAGGGUAUUGUUACCGAGAAGCGGAAGAGGAGUAAGCUACUGCUUUUGGGAGGAGUCCAGCUACAGUCAGUAGUAUACUCUCUACCUGGUGCGCUGGUGGAGCCCAGCGACGAAAAUAAAAAAGACAUCUAUAAUAUCCUCAUCGACCAUUUAAAUAAACACUUUUCACCGAAGCAAAACUCAACGUUUGAAAGACAUCUAUUCAGAGGCCUGACACCGUUGGACACAGAAAGCUUUGGUGAUUUCAUGUUGCGACUCCGCCAACAAAUGCAACGAUGUGUAUUCGGAUCCUCAAAAGCGGAGAUUGAGGAUAUAUGUCUAAAGGAUAAAAUCAUAGAUGUGUGGGCACCUCUAGACCUCAAGAAAAGACUUCUGGGAAAGGAGCAUUCACUAGAGGAAGUGAUCGAAGCAUGUCAGGUUGAGGAGCAGAUCAACAAAGAAUCAAAAGAAAUUACAUCAAGACCUAUUGCGGAACCCAUCUGUAAAAUUACACAUCGUGGUUUUAAACAGAGUGGGGAGUGUCCCAGAUGUGGAAAAUUCGGACACACACACAACGACCCAUCAUGUCCGGCAAGAAAUGUGACUUGCAAUAAAUGCUCGAAGCCUGGACACUUUGCCAGGAAGUGCCGAACUAACUUGAACGACCGAUUCCUUAAGUCCCAAAGGAAUAACCUGAAAAGGUAUAUUCGCUCUGUCGAAGAGGAGGCCACCAGCUCCAAAUUCAAAAAGGGCGAAACACAUUGCUUUAAAGUGUCAAGUGAAGAUGAAGAGGAGUUCAUACGAUGCCGAGUGGGAGGCCGUGAAAUUUCUUUGAUUAUUGACUCGGGGUGCAAGUUUAACCUUAUCAGCCACGCGGACUGGUCUCUGCUAGUGAAGAGAAAAGCCACAGUCUUUGACGUAAGAACUCAUACAGAAAAGCAAUUCCGAGCCUAUGCCUCUAAUAAAUUACUACGAGUAAUGUAUAUUUUCGAGGCCCCAAUUUCCGUUGAGCCGGGUACCGAAGAGAUUGCCUCAUUUUACGUGAUUGAAAAUGGAGAACAAUCUCUGCUGGGCCGAGACACGGCUAUAGAAUUAAAAGUCCUCCGACUGGGAAGAAACAUUACCCGUAUUGAGGAAAUGGAGCCUUUUCCAAAAUGGAAAAACAUUGAAGUAAGCCUUUCCAUAGAUUAUGAUGUGAAACCCGUUCAACAACCAGUGAGACGAAUCCCGGCAGCGCUCGAGGACAAAGUCAUGAAAAAACUGGAUGAUGCCCUGAGUCGAGAUAUAAUUGAACCAGUCACGGGCCCGAGUGCUUGGAUAUCUCCCAUCGUGCUUGCGUUUAAGGAGAACGGGGACAUCCGCUUAUGUGUCGACAUGCGACUGGCAAACAAAGCAAUCCUACGGGAAAACUACCCAUUACCAACUUUCGACUGCUUUAUGACCAGACUCAAAGAGGCUAAAUUCUUCGCACGCCUAGACCUCAAGGACGCCUAUCACCAACUGGCCCUUGAUGAAUCGAGCCGGGAAAUAACAACGUUCAUAACUCCAAGGGGACUUUUCCGCUAUAAACGUUUGAUGUUUGGAGUAAAUUCUGCUCCCGAAAUUUUUCAACGCCUUCUCGAGCAGAUGCUAUCUGCGGUACCUAACGCCAUGAACUUCAUCGAUGAUAUCAUCAUCUUUGGAGCAACUGACCUCGAAAUCGACAGCGCCGUAAAAGAAGUAUGCCAGAUCUUCCAGGAAAAUAAUGUCCUACUGAAUAAAGAAAAGUGCAUCUGGAAGACAAGCAAACUAAAAUUCCUCGGACAUAUUUUAUCCGACAAGGGAAUAGAAGUCGACCCUGAGAAAAUUGACGUCAUCCGAUCUUUCAGAGACCCAAAGAACAAAGAAGAAACGCGGAGCUUCCUCGGUUUGGUGACCUACGUCGGGAAGUUCAUUCCGGACCUUGCAAGUCACACAGAUCCUCUAAGAAAACUGCUGAAAACUGAAAGCAAAUUCACCUGGGGCGAAGCCGAGAAAAAUGCUUUCAGCAACCUAAAGAAUCUUCUAUCCAAGGUACCAAAAUUAUCAUAUUUCAAUCCAAGGCAUCGAACACGGGUGAUUGCGGACGCCAGCCCGGUUGCCCUUGGGGCUGUGUUAUUGCAAUUCAAAGUCGACAACGAACCUUUAAUAAUUCCCUUGGCUAGCAAGGCCCUGUCGGAGGUGGAGAAACGCUACUCCCAAACGGAAAAAGAGAACCUAGCGCUGGUUUGGGCAGUGGAGAAAUUUUACUACUAUCUGGCAGGCCUGCACUUCGAACUCGUAACUGAUCACAAACCCCUGGAAGCCAUUUUCAAACCAACAUCCAAGCCCCCAGCUCGCAUUGAAAGGUGGUUGCUGCGACUCCAGGCAUAUACGUUCACCGUUAUCUAUAAAUCCGGAAAAGAAAACAUAUCAGAUGCGUUGUCUCGACUCUGUCAACUACCGGCGGUAGAACCAAUCGACCACAAGACGGAAUACAGCAUCCUUCGCGUCGUACAGAGCUCUAUCCCAAGAUCUAUGACAAUUCAUGAAAUAGCUGAGUCUUUCAAGAGGGAUGAAGAGAUUAUGGAUGCAAUCAGUUGCCUGGAGAACGACUCCUGGAAGCCCGAUAGUUCAGUGGGCUUCUACCCGUUUCGAUAUGAACUUUCAGCGGUUGGCUCGCUCCUUUUGAGGGGAAACCGUCUAGUCGUGCCAACAUCUCUGAGAGUAAAAAUACUGGAGUUAGCCCACGAAGGACAUCCCGGCGAGACAGCAAUGAAACGCCGCCUGCGAUCCAAACUGAUGUUCAACAGAGUCAUCCGUGACAAAAUACCGGGCAUUGGGGAUAUCUGCAAGAAUACCUUAGACUCUGGAGAGAGAGAUAAAGAUAUUAUUGAAAAAAAUAAGGGAAAGCAGGCAGCCGACAAAAGAAGAGGGGCAAAGGAAGUCGAUAUAGAAGUGGGCGACAAGGUGUUUUUGAAAAACGUAGUGUUCCCAAACCAACUUACAUCAAACUUCGACAAGACGGAAUUUACGGUUUUAGAACGACACAAUAAUAUUGUGGUGAUCGAAGGGGGUGGUAGAAAACUAACAAGAAAUGUCUCACAUCUUAAGAAAGUUCCAGCUAGCCAAACGUAUCCAGCCUCCUGCCCAACGCCGCAACCAGAUGACAGCUUACCGGAAUCAGAACCUACCCCGGAGAACGCAGUACUCCAGGCCACAGAAGGAAGCCUCGGGAUCCAGCCACCCCUGCCGCCAUUAAAGCUAAAACUUGUUAAUAAAGGAGGGAUGUGGCGACCGGCGUUGCCAACAACCAAGCAUCGGGAGAGCAGCGACGGGAGAGACGCUACCGAUGGCCUAGUGUCUGAGUGA